AUGAAGAGAAAACUUUAAAAAUUGUCUUUGUUUAAAGAAAUUGAUGAGUUUAAUCAAAGGGAUAGUGAUGGACAUUUGAGUGAUGACUCCUCUACGUCUGAUGACUUUUUGAAUUCUACAUUUGAAGCAUAUGAGUCUCAAAUAUUUAUAAGCAGCAAUCAAACUCCUAUUCAUUCUGAGCAAUUACAAUUCAUAUAAGGAGUAUUCGAUAAAUCAGAAGAAAGUGAGCAAUCAUUUUAUUUCAAUAUUACUAAUAUUGAAGGAGAUAACAGAACAACUUUGAUGAUGAGAAAUAUUCCUCAAAAUUAUACAAAAGAAAUGCUAAUCAUGGAAAUUGAUCCAAAAUUCAAAAAUAAAUUUGAUUAUUUCAAUUUACCUUUUGAUGGAACUGCUAAUCCUGGCUAUGCAUUCAUCAAUCUCAAAUCGAAGUCUUAUCUUAAAGACUUUUACAACUAUUUUAAUGGCAGAAAAUGGAAGACAAAUCCACACAAUAAACCUUGCUAUUUAAAAUAUGCCAAAAUAUAACAUAAGAAAUUUAAAUAAAUAAAUCCAUAAAUAUAUUUACAACAAAGCAGUGUUAUCAAACUUAUUUAAAGUUAGAAAUUAUAAUGCAGUUUGUGA